UGGAAAAGCAGAUUCUACGUUGGCCUUUCCAGGACUUUUCAGGUUCUGUGUUGCAAGGAAACGGAGAGGUCGUACCUUUCGGGCUGCGCCAGAACUUGAGACGUGGGGUGGGGAAUGAGAGUUAUCCGACUCACAUCUGUAAUCAAACCUUAGCUUAAAAUGACUGAAGUUCAGCAAGCUGAAGCUCAGCUAUCUGAAUUAGAGCUGCUGGCUAGCAUGUUUCCAGAUGCGAAUGAAUUCCUAAUGCAUGAUCAUCUGGCUUUAGCAGAACUGAAAGACUACGUGGAAAUGAGGACCACAGAAAUUCCAUCUUCAAAAGUUCACUUUACUAUAAAUAUAAAAGUAGAGAUUUCUGACGAAUCUAUGGUUAUGUUUUCUUUGUCUUGUGCCCUCCCUUUUCAGUAUCCCACAGUCCUUCCUGAAAUUACUGUCAGAUCACUUUCAUUAAGUAGAACCCAACAGGCUCAGCUGAACACAGACCUAACUGCCUACCUUCAAAAAGGAUACUGUGGAGAAGUCUGUAUACUAAAUGCAACAGAAUGGGUUAAAGAACAUGCAUCAACUUAUAUCAAAAGAGAACCCACAUCUUCCACCAUCACUACCACAAAUCCAACUUAUUCAACAGAUGUCAUUUUCACCAGACUUUGGAUCUAUAGCCAUCAUAUUUACAACAAACAGAAAAGGAAAUAUAUUAUGGAAUGGGCAAAGGAUCUCUCCCUUUCUGGAUUUAGCAUGCCUGGGAAGCCUGGGGUUAUUUGUGUUGAAGGUUCACAAAGUACAUGUGAAGAGUUCUGGGCAAGACUCCGAAGAUUAGCAUGGAAGAGAAUUUUAAUUCGUCAUCGAGAGGACAUUACUUUUGAUGGCACACAUGAUGAAAUGCAAAAACAAAGAAAAUUUUUUAAUUUUGAAGAAAAAGUUUUUGAUACAAAUGGAAACAGAGGAAAUCACAUGGAUUUGGGUCAACUUUAUCAAUUUUUAAGUGCCAGGGGAUGUGCUGAUAUUUUUCGGAUUUACUUUGGCAUAGAAGGACAGUAAUUGAAUAAAAGGUACAUAGAUCUUUUUUUUUGCCA